CAGAAAAAAAAAAGGGAGACGGGCCAUUGCGCAUGGAUCAAUUGAUGCUGGCUUCCCCAGCUUCCAGCGGCACAACCCCUGACGAAUCCCAAGAUAAAAUUAUUUCGCAAUCGGUAGCCGGUCGGCUAACUUUCCUACCCAGCCUUGCGACCCAUCGAGGGGCUGUAUGCUGCUGAGGGCGCUGCCUGUGCGCUGCCUUUCUCCCUUGCGCCAGAUUCCAACCUUUUCGUUGGUGCGGCGGCGUUAUGACUCCAGCAUGGCGGCGCAAAACACUCCUCCCCCAGAGCCGCUGGUUAUGGUUUUAGGCACCACUGGGACGGGCAAAUCCGACCUGGCCGUAGAGCUUGCCUGCCGCUUCAAUGGCGAGGUCAUAAACGCGGAUGCUAUGCAGAUGUACAAGGGUCUGCCCAUCAUCACCAACAAGAUAUCGGCCGAGGAGCAGCGCGGGAUCCCGCACCACCUCCUGGACACCAUCGGCCUGGACGAACCCACCUGGACCGUGCACGAGUUCCGCCAUGAGGCCGACAGGGUCAUCCGCGAGAUCAGGAGCAGGGGCCGCCUGCCCAUCGUCGUCGGCGGCACCCACUACUACGCCGACGGCCUGCUCUUUGACGACCGCCUAGUCACCAGGGCCGACGAGGCGAAGGCCAAUGUCGGCGGGGACCAGGAGCAGCAGAGCGACCCGCAGCUCAGCGACGAGGAGCCGUCUCUACAGGAUGCGCCAACCGAAACGCUACUCGCGCGGCUGCGAGAGGUUGACCCGGUCAUUGCGGAGCGCUGGCACCCCAACGACCGGCGCAAGAUCUGGCGCUCGCUGCAAAUCUACCUGACCACGGGCCGCCGCGCGUCCGACAUCUACGCCGAGCAGCAGCGGCGGCGCGACGAGGCCAAACAGCAGCAGCAACAGGCCGGGAGCACCGGUGAUGCUGCUGCUGCUGCUGCUGCUCCCUGGAACACCUUGCUCUUCUGGGUCUACUCCAGGCGCGACGUGCUCAACGCCCGGCUGGACCGCCGCGUCGACGCCAUGCUGGAGCGCGGCCUGGUUGACGAGACGCGCGAGCUGCACGACUACUACCUCGAUCGCGUGGCGGCCGGCGGGCAUGUCGACCGCACGAGCGGCAUCUGGCAGUCCAUAGGUUUCGCGCAGAUGGAGCCCUACCUAGACGCCCUACGCCGGCAGCAGCAGCAGCAAGGUGGCGACGAUGACGAAACCACCAGCCCCGCGCGGCUCGAUGCGCUCAAACGCUCGGGCGUCGAGGCCGUCAAGGGCGCAACCCGGCGGUAUGCCAAGCACCAGAACCGGUGGAUCACGUACAAGACGCUCCCGCUGCUGCAGGGCGAGGGCGCGCUCGGGCACCUGUUCCUGGUGGAUAGCACCGACGCGGGGACCGGCACCGCUUGGGCCGCCGAAGUGGCGGACAAGGCGCGCGCCGUGGCGGAGAGGUACCUGGCGGGCGACGCGCUGCCCGCGCCCGAGAGCCUAUCUAACACGGCGGCCGAUGUGCUACACGCGAGCCUCGAGGCCGUCAACGGCCGCCGCGUGACGUGGGGCGCUAGGACCUGCGACGUGUGCAGGGCCACCCUGGUCACCGAGGAGCUGUGGCAGACGCACAUCAGUGGGAACCGCCACAAGCGAGCCGUCAAAGCCGCACAGCGCCGGGCUCUUGCUAUUAGGGAGAAUAGACCGACCACAUUGGCAGUUGUGGAAGGAGAUGUUCUCGUUGAUGAAAUGUCAUCGUCAAACCAGUCACAAAUAUGAAUAAAAAGCAUACCAACCUGGUAAAAGCCAACCAACUUUUGACGCUCUAUGCCAUAAAAAAAAGUCUGCUAUAUACCAGAAACCAGAUCGCCUGGACGACCAUCCUUUAUGUUUGAGACGAGGUUAAUAACAGGUCUAGGCCUUGAUCUGACUCUUGAC